CCCCCCAGCUUCAGGCGUUGAUAAGAUUAAACUAGGCCAGAUGGUGAAAGACAAAGACUCAGUCUCUCUUCGCCAACUCGGUGGAGUUGAAGGCGUUGCCGCUGCUCUGGGGACGAACCCAGAAAAUGGGAUCCGAGAUGAUGAGGAAGAAAUUAGAGAAAGGCAGGAAAAGUUUGGUUCAAACACCUACCAGAAGCCGCCGACAAAAGGGUUCUUCCAUUUUGUCGUAGAUGCUUUCAAGGACACCACAAUUCUCAUACUCCUGGUAUGCGCCGCUCUUGCUCUUGGAUAUGGGAUCAAAGAACACGGUGCCCAAAAGGGAUGGUAUGAAGGCGGAAGCAUUUUUAUUGCAGUCUUUCUGAUCGUGGUUGUCUCUGCUUUCAGUAAUUUCAGACAGCAAGCCCAUGGGGCCGUUGAGUUGUGGACAAUAAUUAACAAUAUCAAAGUGGAUGUUGUCAGAGACGGUCGCCGGCGACCCAUUUCCAUAUUCGAUCUUGUUGUCGGGGAUGUUGUGUGUUUGAAGAUCGGAGAUCAAAUUCCGGCUGAUGGGUUGUUCUUGACCGGCCAUUAUCUGCAGGUGCAUAAGCCGAGCAUGACAGGGGAAAGUGAUCAUGUCGAAGUAGACUCUGAUCGGAACCCGUUCUUGUUUUCUGGAUCGAAGGUGGCUGAUGGCUUUGCCACAAUGCUUGUGGCCUCCGUGGGAAUGAGCACCGCCUGGGCCUCACUUAGCCGGGAUUCCAAUGAAAGAACACCAAUACAAGAUCGGCUGGACAAACUCACCUCCUCUAUCAGAAAGAUUGGCUACAUCUUGUCCUUCCUGACUUCUGUAAUAAGUUUCAUUCAUUAUUUUACAGGACAUAACAGUGGAUUUAAGAAAUAUGCUAGUAGCCAUUCAAUCCUAGAUAACAUCUUAAAUAUGGUGGUGAAGGCCGUCAUCUUAAAUGUGGUGUUCAAAAUAAUUGCCGCUGCAGUCUCUAUUGUGGUGGUGGCUAACUCCGAAGGUCGGUCACUAGCUGUCACGCUCGCGGUUGAUUUACCAUUGAAGAGGAUGAAGGAUGAUGGGGCAAUGGUUAGGAAGCCUUCGGCUUGUGAAAAAAUGGGAUUGGCUACAGUUAUCUGUACUGAUAAAACAGGUACCUUGACAUUGAAUCAGAUGAAAGUCGCCCAAUGGUGGGUCGGCCCGGAAUGCAUUGCUGACGAUUCUUCCAACUCAGUUGCAUCAAAUGUUCUUGAAGUCUUCAACGAGGCUGUUGGGCUGAACACGACCGGAAGUGUUUUCAACUCUGCCUCGGGAUCUGAACCCGAGAUUUCUGGGAGUCCAACAGAGAAAGCAAUUCUGUCUUGGGCUGUCUCAGAUUUGCGUAUGGAUAUGGAGAAAUUGAAGCAGAAUUACAACAUUCUCCAUGUGGUAACCUUUAAUUCAGAGAGAAAACGAAGUGGGGUUUUGGUUAAGAAAAACGCUGACAGUACCAUUCAUGUACAUUGGAAAGGUGCUGCAGAGAUGAUUCUAGCUAUGUGUUCAAAUUAUUACGACAGUAACGGAGAAACAAGAUUGAUGAAUGAAGAUGCAAGGAGCGCAAUGAAGAAGAUAAUCAAGGACAUGGCAGCUAGUAGCCUUAGAUGCAUUGCUUUUGCUCACAAGCAAGUUUCAGAAGAAGAAACAGAAGGAAAUGAUGACCAAGAAAACUCUGGCCGAAGGAUUAAGGAAGAUGGAUUAACUCUCCUAGGGAUAGUUGGCCUUGAGAAUCCAUGUCGCAAAGGGGUCAGAGAGGCUGUGGAGACUUGUAAAUCAGCAGGGGUGGAAAUCAAAAUGAUCACUGGAGAUAAUGUUUUUACGGCCAAAGCCAUAGCCACAGAAUGUGGAAUUCUAGGAUCGGAUUCUAGGGGAGAAGAUGAAGUUGUAGAAGGUGUUGAAUUCCGAAACUACACACCAGAAGAGAGAAUGCAGAAGGUCGAUAAGAUCAAGGUGAUGGCAAGCUAUCCAAAUCCAGUCCAACUGAUUGAAUACCCGAUCAACGUUUUUCUUGCUUGUUUUUCGUAAGUCUUGUUUAGGAAAGUUUAUAAUAUAUAUAGGGUGGUAUUAUAAUGACAAUUUUUUGUUUUACUUUUUUAUAUAAUUUUUACAUGUUAUUAAAUGAGUGAAUACAUA